AUGAAUCCCGUUGUGGAAGCAUUUGCUUUCUUCCUGGGUUUUCUGGGAUGGCUGAUGGCCGGGGUCGCCCUUCCCAAUCGGUACUGGAGAGUGUCAACGGUGGACGGUAACGUGAUCACCACGUCCACCAUCUAUGAGAAUCUCUGGAUGUCCUGUGCCACUGACUCGAUAGGAAUUCACAACUGCCGCGAUUUUCCUUCGUUGCUCGCACUAAGCGGGUACAUCCAAGCAUCUCGAGCACUGAUGAUUGCUUCCAUUGUGUUCGGGACGUUUGGGCUGGUGGGAACUCUGGUUGGAAUGCAGUGCUCCAAAAUUGGAGGAGAAAACUACAUUCUAAAGGGGAGGAUUGCAGCAAUUGGAGGGGUGUUCUUCUUACUACAGGGGAUGUGCACCAUGAUCGCUAUAUCUUGGUAUGCAGCCAACAUCACACAGGAAUUCUUUGACCAGUUCUACCCAGGGACAAAGUACGAGAUCGGAGAAGGUUUGUACAUUGGCUGGUCGUCGGCCAUACUUGCCCUGUGCGGAGGUGGCUGUCUGAUGUUUUCGUGCAGUUGUAAGGAGCCAGGUGAAAAAGUGCCUUACCCAUACCAGCCGUCCUCCAGGGGACGUGUGCUGUCCACUACGUCUCGAUCUGCCCCCAGCAACUAUGGAAGAAAUGCAUAUGUGUGACAAGUUACUUAGAUGCAACAAUUAUUGAAAUGCAGUCAAAUUUGAUUUUUUUUUUCUUUACUCAUUUAAACUACUCGUAAUGUUGAUGCACAGUGAUCCACCCACCAUAAUACAUAUGAAGACAGUAGUAGGGCAGUAAAGAUAACAGUAUCUUUAGAGCAAUGACGGUAUGAUCAGUGUGCAAGUACAUUGCAUGGCUACUGUGUGUCAGGACCUACAUGGGAAAAAAGCAAGUCAUGAUUAAGAGCUUAUUAGAAAAAAUAAUUAUUUUUAUACAUAGUAGAAAAAUGGGAGCUAAUCAUUUGUUGGGUAUUUAAAUACGCGGACUCAAAAUUUAGAUGUUAAGACAACAGUACUGUUAAAAAUAAAUACCAUGCCCCAAAAAAACAUUAGGGUCACUGUGAAUUUGAUGUACAUUUAUGGAAAUAUUUAUAUUUGUGACAUUUCUGACUUAUGGAAAUAAACACUUUUGCUUCAGUAAAUUUUGCUUUGUAUACAAAUAAAA